CACAACUGAUGGACGGGUCCAAUUGAGGCUCCGUCCGCCCGAAGCAUCUGGAUGGAUGAGUGCUCAUAAUUGAGAACACGGUGCAAGCUAGCGUUUCCCCGCAUGACGACUACGAGGUGAAAGGAGGUUCCCAAUCUGAGAGAUCUGGAUCCCUUAGCGAGAAUGAAACGAACUCAAACCUCGGUGUUCGCUUCCAAGUAUAAGAGUAGCAAGUCCUUACCUUGGGGGCAUUUCUUGCGAUCUCCAAAGCCUUUCAUCGCAUAAGUCGAACAUCAUGCCUGAUACUCCAACUAGCGACAUCGAGGCGCCCCGAAGAGUCGAUACUCACACCACUGCCUCCCACGAAUUCGACAAGCAAUUGGCUGAGUACGGACCGUUAGCUCAUGUGCCCACCACGGGCACAUACCUCCCUGCAUUCGCAGGCGAGCUACAGCCUGGGCUGUACAAGCCAGUCAAAGCGCGCAAGAUCGCGAAUCCCGCCCCGCUAGGACUGGCUGGCUUUGCCCUGACCACCUUCGUCCUGGGAUGUAUCAACAUGCAGACACGGGGAAUCACUCAACCCAACAUGGUAGUCCCGCUGGCUUUUGCUUACGGCGGCCUGGUGCAACUUCUCGCGGGAAUGUGGGAGAUGGCCGCCGGCAAUACCUUUGGCGCUACAGCCCUCUCCUCAUACGGAGGGUUUUGGAUUUCUUUGGCCAUGAUCUUCACCCCGGGGGGAUUCGACAUCGAAGGCCAGCUCAAGGCCGCGGACAAUGGGUCUGUGGGCAUGUUCUAUGACUCGUUCGGGCUGUAUCUAAUGGGCUGGUUUAUUUUCACCUUCCUACUCGUGACCUGCACGGUCAAGUCAACGGUCAUAUUUUUCUCCCUGUUUGCCUCCGUCGACCUUGCCGUGCUCCUCCUGGCAGUCGGCUACCUUCAUCGCCCCAACGGCGCACCCUACACGCCUCUGCUCAAGGCGGGGGGAUUAUUUGCCCUACUCGGGGCGUUCUUGGCGUGGUAUGUCUGUCUGGCGGGAAUUGCCGACACGAGCAACAGCUUUUUCAUCAUCCCCGUCUGGCAUUUUCCCUGGUCGGAGAGGGGGCGGGAGUCGAGGAGAAGGAAGUCUGAAGCCGUUUGA